AUGUCGCACGAACAACAGCUUCUCACGCGUCCAGCUCAUUCUAUUAUAAAACAAUCUUAUGAUUCGAGACUUCGUUUGGACACCGGCCAGAUUAAUGGCGACGGAUUUGGUGUAGGUGAUGGUGGUGUUGGUGUUGGAGAAGUUUUCGAACCGAUCAAGAGAAAAUUACAGCAGCACCUAAGUGAUGAAAUAUUCUCGCACGUUCAAGGGAAUACAGACUCCGAAUGGGCAUUCGCUCUGUUUCUCAGUAAGAUCGAGGAUCUGGAAAAUGGUCGAUUUAGUUACAGGACUCUACAGGCCGCAAUGUUGGAGACCAUUGAACACCUGAAUGCUUUGUCGAGAGAUGAGGGAAUCGAAGAGUCGGUGGUUUGCACCAGAUAUAUUAACAGUGAGAGUAAAGAGGCGGCAUCUUUGUAUUUUUCUUCGGGUACCAGCUUUACGGAAUAUAAGCCUGGACAUUAUAGAAUGAUCAAAGCCGAUAAACGCGAAGAUAUUGUUCUUGUCGCAUCAGAGCAAAAUCCGUUCACCGUACCAUGCUUUCAUCUAGAACCAUUGACAUUUGAAAAAGCGGAUUGGCUGACGAUUCCGACCAACACCUGUGUCGUCAUCACUCCGGGACUGAACGUGCUCUUGUUUCCUAUCAAGGAUCAAUUUUAUAAUCCCGAGCGAUCUAAAAAACUGUUUCGCGUCAACAACACCUGA